AUGACCGGAGUCAACACCGUUAUCGAAGCCCUCGAAACCGAGACCCUCGAACAAGUUAUCGUCAAGCUCAACGCUGCCUUGAACUCUACCUACCAAGUCUCUCAAUUCGAUUGUUCACUCCCAACCUCUGCUUGGGUCAAGAUCGAUCUUGCCACUCCAGUCUCUUCCAUCCAACUCGGUGAAGAAUCUACCCUCCGUUACAUGCUCAGAGUUUAA